GGUGAACUUUCCUCAAACAAAAUUGGUACAAUAGCGUACUGCAUAUCGUCUUGGAAUGUCACGGCGGGUCUCUGUAAGUAGAUUUUCUGGAACCUUGAGGUCUCUGAGAAUGAGCACAACUGCAGCCUCGAGUCGCAGCUUAGAAGGAAAAGUCGCUGUUGUAACGGCAUCAACAGAGGGGAUUGGGUUUGCCAUUGCUAAACAACUUGCUCAUGAUGGUGCAAAGGUUAUGAUCAGUAGUCGCAAACAAGACAAAGUUAUUGAUGCUGUCUCUAAAUUGGAGAAAGAACAAGGUUGUACAGUGAAGGGAGUUGUGUGCCAUGUUGGGAAAACUGAACAUCGUAGGAAUCUUAUCAAAGAGACAUUGGAUACUUUUGGAGGCAUUGACAUCUUGGUUUCAAAUGCUGCUGCUAACCCCACAUUUGGACCAAUCCUGGAGACACCAGAGGAAUCAUGGGAAAAGAUUUUUGAUAUCAAUGUGAAGUCAGCUUUUCUUCUGGCAAAAGAUGUUGUUCCAUUGAUGAAAAAGAGAGGAGGUGGAUCUAUAGUGUUUGUUUCAUCCAUUGCUGGACUCCAGCCAUCCCUGCAGGGUCUUGGUGCUUAUAGUGUUAGCAAGACAGCUCUGCUUGGUUUGACCAAGGUUCUAGCCAAUGAAUGUGCUCACAUGGGAGUGAGGGUGAAUUGUGUUGCACCUGGGAUCAUCAAGACAAAGUUUAGUGGAGCACUUUGGCAAAGUGAGUCCUUAACUGAAGCCGCACUUGCUCAAAUUCCCUUGAGGAGGCUUGGUGAGUCAGAGGAUAUAGGAGGUGCAGUAUCUUUUCUAUCCUCUGAUCAAGCAUCGUAUAUCACUGGAGAAACUUUAGUUAUUGCUGGUGGAAUGCAUUCAAGACUGUGAUUUUAAUUUAGAUUAAAAAAGGACUAAAUUAAUAAUUACUGUUAGUGAUCUCAUUGAAGAGACCUUUGGUAGAAUAUUUUACCUCACAAGAGAAAGCUUUGAAGGUGAUUUUGUGAAAACUUUGGAUGUGAUGUAUGAAGGAAGCACAGUUAAAUAAAUGUAAAAAAGGGGAAAACUAAUGAAAUGAACUUGAGUCACAGCAGACAAGAUUUAUGUCUUUGACACUGGCUUGUGAUGGCGUUUAUUAUUCAUUUGGUCACUUCUGGUGGUGAAAGGGUUACACUAAGAAUCCUACAGUUUUCAUACUGGUGUCACUUUCAGUUCCAACAAAAAGAGCCAUAUAGUAAUGAGAUGUACUUUGACCAAAGUUUUGUAUUUUUUCCGAACUUUGGUAAUAAGCCUGAAACUAUAGAAGCAUAGUUCACCCCACCAUUGUCCUCUUUCGUCCACGCAACCUCACUUCAUCCAGUUUCUUUAUUAUCUCUCCAGCCUUGUUUGCUUUCCCCUUGUAACUUUCCAAAACAAUCUUGAACAGCUGCUCAGUGUUUGGAUGAGUGCUGAGGAAAGCCCUCUCCAAAACGUAAAGAUCAACGCCUUUGUCUUCUGUCAGUGAUGAUAUAAAGCUCAGUCCGAAGUCAAUCAGAAUGAUAUUUUCAAACCCUGACUUUAUCAAGACGUUUGAAGUGGUCAAAUCUCCAUGAAUACAGUCCACGUUGUGCAUUACCGCCAAUGUAGAACCAAUUUUUUCCGCAAGACUUUGUAAACUUUGCUCAGAUGCAUCAGAAGGGCCAUCCAGAAGCUCGUUGAUGUGAUCUCUGGCUGUCACGCAAUUUUCGAUUUCUUCCAUGUAGAUACAAUGAGUAGUGUAAUCAACAUAAUAAACGGCUGGAGUGCAGAUUCCUGCUUUCCUGCAACGAAGCAUUGAUCGUACUUCUUGCGUAGUCCUUCGAUGGGUGAGCUUUUCGUCUAGAGAGGGGUGCCUGUAACAUUUUGAAAACCUUUCCUUCACUAUAGUCUUCUUGGUGUAAAACUUCGUUCUGUAGACACGUGCCUCUGCGCCUUGCUUCAACAAGCCCCAACCUUCCAUUGGAGACGCCAUUUUGGACAUGGUUCACGAGCCUUCGUGCGGUCAGCGUGAGCCUGUGAAGUUCAUGCACAGUUAACUGUAUUCGCCGCCAUCUUCGCAACAUAGAACCACGGUAUUUUCGUUCACUCCAAGAUGGGUGUACUGCUAAGGAUGAGGAAUCACUUUCAACAAAACAGCCAUAUAAUUUACCGAGUGGUUUACGAUUUGCGAUUCCUGAUUGCCGGUUUUCUGGUCACUGGCUACGGAGUUGGAAAGAUUGUUUCUGCUUCACAAAAAAAGGAAACUGGUAAAAAAGGAGGUGGUCACCACUGAAGUUUGACAACAAAAUACAAGGCUUCUUCAGCCUUUGUUUCUAAAUAAAGGAGCUGGAUGUAAGAUUGGGAGACUCCUGAGGAUGUUUUCUUGGAGACUAAUUUUGCUUUGUAUUUUGGACUGAAUUGACUUUGUGGUUGAAAUUAAAAUGUGAUCUUUGUUUAGAA